AUGUCUACACAAAAACGUGGUUCAAUAACUUGUCACGUACUUGAUUCUUCACGCGGAAUUCCUGGAAAAAAUAUCGAGGUCUUAUUGGAAUAUCAAGAGACUGGCAAUGGAAGAUGUUCAGACUUAGUCCCCUCCGAUCAUCAAAUAUCUUUGGCCAAUUAUUCUGAUGAAGAUUUAAAAGCAAUUUAUCGUCUCACUUUUUUCACUACUCCUUAUUUUAAAAGUUAUGGACAAGAAUCAUUUUAUCCCUUUGUUCAGGUCGUUUUUCAAAUAAAGGAUCUCACACAACAUUAUCAUGUUCCAUUAUUGAUCGCACCUUUCUCUUACACAACUUACCGUGGAAGUUAA